AUGACCUUGGCCCGACCCCCCUCUAUCAUGACCCCUUCCCCCGAACCUGCGUUUGUUCUACCAAAUCCCGAGCGCUCCUUGCCAGGUCAUCGUUCGCAAUCAUUUUCUUCGACUCCCCCCGGAUUAUUGUGUAGUAUAGACUUUGAGGCGUCCUCAUUCCAUCUAGACUCGAACCCCUCGAUUUUUGGACCGUUUACCGAGAAACGGGACCCUCGCAGUUGUGAUCAGGGCGACAUCGAUUCAACCACCGUGGCCUACCCAUCCCCCCCUCCCACCAACUCCAAUCCGAAGCGUAGUGUGCCUCUACCAGCCAUCACAUUCCACAGCGGAUGCGGCUCAAAGUGCUUUGUCUUUGGAUCAGUGAAUACCAAGGCUGUCAUGGGCCCAGGUGGAAUCCCCAGUCCGCCGGAUAUCCAACAAAUACCACUUUCCCCUCCUCCUACGAUACAUACGACGAUACACGCUCUACCCACGCUGCACGAUGCGACCACACCCCUGAUCCUCCCCCCGACGCCAGAAGAGGAAGAGGCCCAGAUCAUAGACGACUCCGACGACUCAAUAUUGACGUUUCCCCCCAUUCCAGAAGAGGACGAAUACCAGUCAGACGAGGCCGUUGACUCACCAGCAGCAGCGCCCACGCUCUCCGAGCUCUCGAUGCGCAGCUCCUCUCGCCGUUAUCCCCAGAAUGGACACCAACAGGACGACGACGAUUAUUCGCUACUGUCGAACGAUGGCGGACCCUUCUCUCUACGUCGCUCUCUCCACUCCCAUGGUCCGUUUUCACCGCCUUUCCUCGCUCCCCUCAAUAUUCCGACGGGCGAAGCAGGACCAUCGCAUGAUCAUGGUAUGGAAGACGACGUUGAUUCUAGCCCUGAAGACCCUGAAAGCUUGUUCACUCCGAGGACGCCAGAAUCGAUAGAAGUGCCGCUUUUGGGUAACGACGUUGGCUUCCUGUCGAAGCUGGACUUUGAUUGCAUGGACGAAGAAGACCACAUUCAAAUUUCGCACCCAAGCUCACCGUCAAUAUCUACUCAUAACUUACCCGAGCUAGACUUUGACGACGACGAUGUGCAGCCUUCUCCCCCACUCUCACUAAUAUCCCUUCCUGGCGCGGAAACGGACGACGACCUUCUGCCUGCAGAUCUCGCACUCAAUAGUUAUCAUCCUGAUUCCCCCGCCAGCACGAGUAGUCUGCUACUCACUGAUUCCUCGCCAGGCGGCCCGACUCUCUCUACGGAAACUUCUGAUCCUGACGCAAAUCUUGGAUCGCAUCUCGCAGUUGCUCUCGCUAACUCUAACGAUCCUCUCCUCGAACGUCUUUACGCAGUCAGGAUGCGCGCCAUUUCAGCUGAACGUGUAGCCCGACAGAAGGAAGCCGCCGCGUUAGAACAGGGUUCUAUAUUUGUCCGCGCAGAGGCGAAGAGGGAGAAGAAGAAAGAGAAGGAAAGGGCACGAGAAGUCGCGGCGUUGUUGCGACUCAAACUCGGACUGGUGGAUCAAGAGCGCAGCGGAACCGUCGACUUGCCUCCUGUAGGCGAUUUAGACGUUGAUAUGGAGGAGCGGGCUGGGAUUGACGGUGUCGUGAAGAAGAAGAAAAAGAAGUCGAAGGGUAUGGCGGGAAACAUCGAUGGGCUGGUUGCACGGAUGAUGUUUCGGCGACGGAACGAAUCCUUCAAGCCUCUAGGUGGCAGACAGCCCGAGACUGGUCGGGAGCUGCCCCGCGCCCGUUCCUCCCUAUCGCGUACCUCGAGCUGGAAAGACGACGACGACGACGCUGACGUUGCUAUGGGAGCCACCGAAGACGGAGAGAUCAUUCCUUCGCGGGAGAAGCUGGACGAUUUUGCGGACCAGUCACCAAAUACAAGUAUGGACCGAGCGACUGGGAAGAUAUGA